AUGAAUCCAAGAUUUUAUCAACAUUUUUGGGAUCUUGUUGGAGGGGAUGUAUCUAGUUUUGUGAUAAAAUGCUUGAACACCCGUGUUUUCCCAGAAAAAUUGAAUGAUACUGAUGUGGUUUUGAUCCCGAAAAAGUGUGUGCCGGAGACGGUAGCAGAUAUGAGACCAAUUGCAUUGAGUAAUGUUCUUUACAGAAUUAUGGCCAAGAUGAUAGCGAACAUGAUGAAAUCACUCAUGGCCAAGAGUGUUCCACAUAUUUUAUCAGAUUUAUUAGUCCCUGAGGAUGUAACUCGGAUAUCUAGAAUUCCUGUUAGCCCUGAUUAUGAAGACUCGUGCUAUUGGUUCAGUGAUCCAAAAGGAAUUUAUACGGUAAAGAAGGCAUACAGGCAAGUUGUUGGAAAUAUAGAAUAUAACCCCACGAAUUUUGGUAAAUGGAUUACAUUGUGGAAGUUAAAAGUGCCGCCCAAAUGGAAAACUUUCUUGUGGAGAGCUGUGUGUGAUAUUUUGCCCACAACUACUAAUUUGCUUAUGAAGAGGGUAGAAGUGGACCCUGUAUGCCCGAUGUGUGGUUUGAUUCAUGAGGAUGUCAUGCAUACGCUUAUAUCUUGUGAUUAUUCUAAAAUUGUUUGGACUAUUUCUGGAUUGCCUGUCACGAAUGUUAUUACACAUUCAUUACCAUUCUGGCUUACUGGAAUUUUGGACAUGUUAACAGAGGAACAAUGCGGCCUUGUUGUCGCUGUGCUAUACCACGUGUGGGCUGCCCGGAAUAUGGCAGUGUGGGAAGGAGCUCUACCACGACCGGAGCAAACAUGGAGACGUGCGGCAACGACUUAUCAGGCCUACUGCCAAGUCCACCAUUGUUCCCGACAACCGGUGCAGCAGCCGACAUCCCUCCCCGGUGGACUGGAAGCAAGGCCAAGGUGUUUCUUCAAUGCAGGCUUCAAUCACCAAAUCGGCACUGCCACGUACGGAGCCGUCCUAGUCUCACACGACGGAGCGUUUCUAGCAGCAACGAACAACCAUCUUGCAACUUCUCAUUCACCACUCAUGGCUGAGGCACUAGCUUGCAAGGAAGCCCUAUCUUGGAUUAUGGCACGGGGCGUUUGGCAGUGUUGUCGAAGCCCUACAAAUUUAAUACUGGCUCACUCCACUAAUUUGUAG